AUGAGUGUGGACGUGUCUUCCGAGCAACUAGCAACCGUCUUCGAUAUAUUGGACGUUUCCAAAAAGGGAUUUUUAGAGCUUUCCGAUGUGAAAGAGAUUUUCAAAUCAAAAGGCAUUCAGUUGAGUGAGGAGGAUCUGGUCGACGCUUUCAAGGCUUUUGACACAAAUGGCGACCAAAAAAUUGACAGCGCCGAGUUUGUUGCGGGUCUCAGCGAAAAGUUGAAAAAAGUGUCGACUGCUGAAGAGUUGACAACUGCCUUCAAAGCAUUUGACACAGAAAACAGUGGAGUACUUGACACCAAGACUUUGACUGAGGAAUUACUGAAGAUGGAAAACCCACCUUCACAAAAGCAAAUUGACAGUCUCAAUAAAAUCGCGGCUCAGGAUGACGGGUUUCACUACGACUUGUUUGUAAAAGCUGCUUGCUAA